AUGUCUACCUCCAAUGAAAAGAACGUUGUUGUGCUUGGUGCGGGUGUUAUCGGAUUGACCACUGCCAUAAAGAUCCAAGAGCAAGGAGGAUACCGAGUCACCAUCGUUGCAGAACAAUUCCCUACUGAUCCGAAAUCGGUCAAGUAUACGAGUCUUUGGGCAGGUGCUCAUCAUGUCUCUUCACCGGAAUAUCCGUUGAAGGCAGAGCUGGAGAAAGAGACGUUCAAGACGCUCUGGGAGCUCUCUGCAGAAGGAAGUCCCGCACAGCGCUGUUUCAUCAGAGCAAAGCAGACCGAGUACUACACCAUCCAGCGUGAGGACCCGGACUAUCUUUCUUUCAUGCCAGAUUUCCAGCAUCUCCCUCUCGACGCUAUCCCCUCGGGCAUCAAGGGCGCUCUUGCCGGCGUGACUUGCACCGUACUUAACAUCGACACACCGGCCUACCUUUCCUACCUCCUUGCUCGCUUCAUGUCGGGUGGGGGCAAGAUCAUUCGAGGAGCCGUACAACACAUCAAUCAGAUCCUUGAAGGUGGACCUCGCGUCUUCUCGCAACCACCGAGUAAGAUAAAAGAACCCGUGGAUGCCUUGGUUGUCUGCGUCGGUCUCGGGGCUCGGUCUUUAGGAGGGAUCGAGGAUCAGGAUAUGUAUCCGAUCCGCGGCCAAACUGUGAUGUUGCGUGCACCCUGGGUGGAUUUCGGCGUAGCAUGGGUGACAGAAGAAGGACCAAAGACAUAUAUCAUCCCCAGGGGUUAUAGUGGCGAUGUCAUCGUUGGUGGGACAAGAGAAGUUAAUGAUUGGUAUCCUAUCCCUCGGCCGGAAACAACGACGGAUAUUCUCGAGCGUGCACUCAUAAUGUGCCCCGCCUUAGCCCCUCCGUCUAUCACUAGUAUUCGUGCUCCCACCAUCGACGAUCUGAGAGCGCUGAUCAUCGAAGAAGGAUGUGGCUUCCGUCCCGCCCGUAAGAACACGGUACUUUUGGAUACCAAAAUGGUGGAUAUCCCGAGCACUGGACGCGCAGUGCCAGUCAUCUCAAACUAUGGGCAUGGUGGAUAUGGUUUCCAGUCGUCUUGGGCUUCAGCUGCAAGAGCGCUCAAGCUGCUCGAGGAGUCUCUCGCAUCUUCUACUUGA